GCAAGGCGGGGCUGGGCUGUGGCAGAAGCUGGGGCGAGGCUUCGACUCCGGGAAGGGCCAGCGCGAGCAUCUGCUGGGAAAGAAAGGAAGAGAGAGACAGAGAAAGAGAGAGAGAGAGAAAGAGAGAGAGAGAGAGAAAGAGAGAAGGACCGCUGUCAACUCCGCCGUCCCGCUGAUCAGCAAAGCCGCCGCCGCCACUUCGCCCGGGCCAGCGCCCCUUUCUCGCCCCCUUUCUCCACCGCUCCAUCCUCCGCCUCGCCUGGCGCGAUGCCGGUCAAAGGAGGCACCAAGUGCAUCAAAUACCUGCUCUUCGGCUUCAAUUUCGUCUUCUGGCUUGCUGGCACAGCUGUCCUCGCAAUUGGACUAUGGCUCCGCUUUGAUCCACAGACCAAAGAAAUCUUCAAAUCCGAGCAAGAUACUACUACGGCUUUCUCCAUAGUGGUUUACAUUCUCAUUGCUGCUGGUACCAUCAUAAUGCUGGUUGGCUUCUUGGGAUGCUGCGGAGCCAUACAGGAGUCGCAGUGUAUGCUUGGCUUGUUUUUCACCUUCCUUCUCGUCAUUUUUGCUCUUGAAGUAGCAGCUGCCAUCUUGGGAUUUUCCAACAAAGAAAAGGUCCCUGAAGAAGUAAAGAAAUUGUACAAUUCCUUAUUUGAGCAACGGAAGGAAGAGAAAGCGAGAGAGAGUCUAAAGUUGUUCCACGAGGCAUUUAAUUGUUGUGGUAAGACUGGCGUUCGCGAAUCUGAUUAUGCAGAUACCUGUCCUGAAAACACGGAGCUCCAGUCGUGCCCUAAAGCUAUUGAUAGCUUCUUCAAAAACAAGAUGAACUUGAUUGCAGCCGUUGGCAUUGGAAUUGCUGUGGUGAUGAUCUUUGGUAUGAUCUUCAGCAUGAUUCUUUGCUGUGCUAUCAGAAGAGACCGGGAGAUGGUCUGAAGCCAUUUUAGAGAGUCUCCUCCCUUCAUCCAAAGAAUCUCCAGUUAUUAACUUUGCAAUUUAAAUAGCAUUUCUAAAAAGUAUAUAUUUUGUUUUUAAAGGCUUUAUUUAGUUUGGAUGUUCUUUUUUUUUUUUUGGCUCUGUAAGUUUAUAAAUCUUAAAAGGAAUCUACUCUUGGAAAGAUACUAUAUUUGUAAAGCUAAAGUCCUACCCACUUGUAUAUAAAGUUUUUUUUUUUUGUCUCUAAAUUGACCGUCUUGCUUUCUGUAAGCUUAAAACUGGGAUGUAAUUUAAGUUGGAGAAAUUUUCAUACUUAAUAAAGAUUUAAGACCA